UAUCGUGCGUUUAAUCUCGAUACGCGAAGAUAAACGUGUAUCUAUCUAUAAAGGAUGCGCGAAAACGUGUCGCCAGUAAUCCAAUUAUUAGCUGCGUGUAUAAUCCUCUAGGCGUGUAUUUAUCUGUGCGGAUUAAACGCGCAACGGAUAACACGAACGAAGCUAUUGUAUCGUAUCGUAUCGUAUCGUAUUGUUCGAUUAUUGUUCGCUAAAUCGUUAUUUCUAGCAAAAGAAUCGGAAUAAGAAUAUUUAGGAAAGGAUUAAGACUUUGGAAAUUUGACAAUUUGAAAGGUAAAAAUUCUCGAUAGAAAAUCGUCGAAUGUUAAAACGGAUCGCAAAAAAUAGGUAGCGUUUGCGCACGAGAGGAGCAUAAAAAAAAUGUUCGUGCGCCUCAACCUCGUAGCUCGUCCGAUCUCGUUAGUUUAAUUAAAAGCUCGUUAUCGAAGCCGACGACGUUACGGUUGGACAACUCGCAAAGAGACUCGACCUACAGUGAGCUUACAUCCGAUCACAUUAACGGCGGUGUCGCUUUCGAUCCUCGGAGGAAGACACCUCGACAACGAUACCGAAAGUGCGAACGCUUUAUCCUAGCAUGUCGAAUCGAAGCAAACCGAGUUUCUGUUCCGGCCGAUGGACAAGAGUCGUCUCGUCUCGAUCAAAAUCGAAGCCGAAUCGACGCCGCGCGAAACGAGACAGCUGGUUGGUUUUGUGUUCGGAGGUAGAGCAUGUGUUUUUUACAAAAUCAUUUGAAUAAGCGUGAAAAUCGUGCUUCGUAAUUUUUCUCCGAAAGUGGCCACGCACGAUACAUUGCUUUUGCGGGAAACGACCAAUUCUAGUAACCGAUUUUUUUUUUUUCGAUGCGAUAGACAGAGCGUAAUCGAGAGUAAAGCGAAAAACACGGUGUUAAAUAUAUUUUUCGUGACCGAAAACCAGUGAGAGAACAGGCUUUCGAGCACUCGUUCGGUAGAAUUAAUACCGUUCUCAAUUGACGCCUACAAGCGAUACGACCUCUUCCACUAUGGGAUAGCGCCAUUAUAAUGCGCACGGAAUAAAUUACUAACAGCUGAUGCGAUUCAGCGUUACCGGUCUUGAACAAGCCCUUCCGGUUACGGUUUCUUUCGGUCACCACUGCCAAAUCUUUUUUCUACGAGACUACAAUUCGUCGACAAAGGAUCGAGUUAACGCUUUAACGACCCGUUUCCCGUAUCUAUUCUUUCGAUACUCUUACUGGUUCUUUUUUAGUAUUCUUUUGCUGUACGCGCGUAUUACGUUAUAUCAACGCUCGCUGCGUUUGAACAGCUUGCAAAUAUGUAUAUCGUUUCGAAGUUGUUUCGAUACAAAAGUAAAUCCCUUCCUCGCGUUCUCUGUUCGUCGUCGUCGCGAUGACGAUGAUCGAGAGCGAAGCUUUCCGAACCGACAAAUCUGAAGGUGGAAGGAGAAUUUUGAAACGAGCGAAGACCGUUAUCAGGGUAAAUCUGUAGCAUGCAAUAAUGCUUUGGAAAACAUUCGAGAAACGGGAACAUGCUCGGUCGAGAUAAAAUCGUGUUGCAUACGACAAUUGAUAAAACGUAGGAAAAAGGAGAGCUUAAUCGAUACGACAACAUAAGCACCGUCAGAGAUAACUUUGAAUUAUGAUUUUCGUACUUUAGUCGUCCGUGUAAGAUGACGAUAUUAACGUACGCCACGAGCACGGCGUCGUCGGUCACCCGAUUAGAUUUCGAUCGCCUAAACUUUCCUUCGAUUCGAACUGGAGAAAAUCUGAGAGGUCGAAAAUUGUCGAGUUUCGCUCGCGUUUAACGAAAGAAAGGCUACGAUGUACCCGAGUGUACAUCGCGUUCGGCCCAAUUUACCAAUUAGUACGUAAGUGCGGGAUACGACUCGCUAUUGCUUCAAGUUCCAUCGCAUUAAAUUUCAGCGUGGACCCCGAGUACCGUGGUCACGCGUUAGUUAGCCUGUAACGAUAUUUCGCUUCGAUAUUUCGCGGAAAAGUUUAUCAUCGCGUGCUAUCGAAAGCAAUAAAAUCCUGAAACGACUGUCAUCCGGGUCAAUUACCAGCGAUUUCGUGUUUACGAAUUCGCGCUCUCUCACCGAUAUCGGCUACUUUAUUAACGAACAAACAAAAUACGAUAGUUCUAUCGUUCGCUCGCGAAGGAUCUUCUCUCAUCGGGCGUACGAUGGAAACGCGUACGUUUACGUGCGAUCAGCGAUUUCGCCGUGUACGAUUCCGAUAAGGAGAUGCCUUGUCGUUGAUAAGACAUGCCUCCGGUCGGAGUUUCAGUGAAACGGAGUCGGUAAAACAUCGCGGCCGCCCAAUGAAUUCCCGUCGCCCGUAUGUUGUCGCUGUUUUACGUGCCGGAAAUCUAUCGACUAUUAAAAAUAAUUAGUCGAAAAACGAUACAUAAACGAUCGAUAAACGUUCGAAAUAGUACAAGUUUCGUUCGACAGUAUUACGAGAAACGCCGAAAACGCGUUAUCGGUGGACCCGUUACACUCGUUUAACGAGCAACAGAUAAUAACGGUAAUAUCGAAGAGGACAGAAAGUGCAACCUCGUAAACGAUAUUUUUUUUCUUCGAGUUUUUUCAAUUUCAGUAACAGUAAUAAAACCGUGCGAUAGCAUCCCUGUUGUUGGAUCCGCGAUAACGUACACUUUUCGAAGCUUUAAAAGUCGACGUUCGACGUUUCCUUCGAUUCGUGCGCGCAACUUCCGCGAGCAAUUAUGUCGUUCGAUUCUCUAAUAAUUAACCCUUUACGAGCGAAAAUCGCCGACAUUCGGUCGUUUCUCGACACUCGGAAGAUCACGCGUUUCUUCUUACAUUUCUAAUAAUAGCUAUUAACGUCGAAAAGUGUGUAAAGUGUGACUACGAGAAUAUCGAUCAACGCGCGAAAUGCUAAUCGAGCAUUAACGAUCGCGAAGGAGCGUGCCGCGUCGAGGAAUGAUUUAAGGAGAUGCAACGUCGAUCCGGAGAGUCAGUCGACGAAAAACAGAGGAAGCGGAGGAAGUAUCGAUAGGACAGGUGUUUGGUCUGACGUAAUCGGUCAAUUUUCUCGCAAAUGAACAUAGCAAACGUUAUUGUUAGUAACUGAUAAGUGGAGACCAGUGGUCAGGUAUUGGCUCGCGCGUAUAAGACGUCCUACAUGAUUGCACCGACAUCAGUAGAUUCUCCAGCAGCUAACUCGACGCCUUGUCAUCGUCGUUCUUGUCAGCGAGACACAGCUGUUUAAUCGGCCUCGUAAACGGAGGAGCUUGGACAAUAAAACGAAGCUUCGACAGGAUUCGAAGGUGUCCAACGACAACUUUCGCCGACAUUUCCAUAGAAUUCGAGGAUCAACCUCGUUUCAGGCUCCAAGUGCAUCGUAGUUUAAUCGAAGCAAACUAAACCAACGAACGACUUUCAUCGUGGUAACACUCGAUAUAAAUAAAGAAAAUCGAUAAAAAGUCUUGUUCGCUUUUUGAUUCGAGCGUGAUUAUCGAUCGCGAUAAGUGAAUAAAAAAACCUAACCGAUAAUUAGAAUCGCGAAACAAUCACGGGUUCGCUAUCAAUUUUUCGACCGAACAAAACUUUCCUGAUUCCAGAAAACGAUCGAUACUCGAGGCGAGAUUUUUCUCGCGUUUGGAAAUUCCUUUGCUUAUCGACGAGUCGCUUGUCUACGAUCUUAUCGCGCGGAAAACCUCGAGAUCGCGGAAACGAUUGUUUGCUCGGCUGGGAAAAAGAAAAAUUAUUCGGACAGUGAUCCUCGAUCGAUACGAUACGAGAGAUGGAGAUCGCGGAGAGGAAAAUUGUUUCGAAAAUCUGAACGCGUGCCUAACGAAAAACUGGGAAUCGCCGAAAGAAGGAACGUUAAUAAAACUCGUUAAUCGUUGAAACGAUCCAGCGAGUCGUAUAAAAAAGGUAAACGUAAAAAGAAGAAGAAGAAGAAAAAAUGAACGGAGACAUCCCAAAGUGUUCGAAUUCGGAGGAAAAAUCGUCGUUGGACAGAGGAGAGAAACAAAAUCUGUUGUCAGCGUUUGUUCAAACAGCUCCAGUGAUCGUUAAAGUACCAAACAGUCCGUGCGCCUCGUUCAGAAGCAGGAGUCGGUACAGAGCCGGUCCAACGCGGAAGCUUCGGCGUCGCGCCGUGCUGAAGAACGGCGACUGCAACGUUCUCCAGUCCCGUAUCUCCAGACGUUCCCUCCGCUUUCUCCAGGACAUCUUCACGACCCUGGUGGACACGCAAUGGCGAUGGACGUUGCUGUGCUUCAGUUUGAGCUUCGUGCUCUCCUGGUUAGGAUUCGCGGUGAUCUGGUGGUUGAUCGCUUUCACUCACGGUGACUUCGAGGAACGUCACCUGCCGCCGUACCAGACCGAAAACAAUUGGACACCCUGCAUCUACAACAUCUUCUCGUUCACCAGUUGUUUUCUGUUCAGUAUCGAGACUCAGCACACGAUCGGUUACGGUAGCCGUUCGACCACCGAAGAGUGUCCCGAGGCUAUAUUCGUGAUGUGUAUUCAAAGCAUAGCCGGUGUGAUGAUCCAAGCCUUCAUGGUCGGCAUAGUGUUCGCCAAGAUGAGCAGACCGAAACAGAGGACCCAGACGUUGUUGUUCUCGAGAAACGCCGUCAUUUGUCAAAGGGACGGUGAAUUGUGUCUGAUGUUUCGGGUCGGUGAUAUGCGGAAAAGUCACAUCAUCGGGGCCGCGAUUCGAGCACAGGUGAUCCGAUCGAGGACCACCAAGGAGGGCGAGAUAUUGUCGCAGAAUCAACAGGAAUUAGCGGUGGGCACCGACGGUCAAAACGAGAACCUCUUCUUCAUCUGGCCGACCACUAUCGUGCACAAGAUCAACGCGGAUUCUCCGUUCUACAACAUGUCCGCGGAGGAUAUGCUGACGGAAAGGUUCGAGGUGGUAGCCAUUCUCGAGGGUACCAUCGAGUCUACGGGGCAAACCACUCAAGCAAGAUCCAGCUACCUGCCGCAAGAGAUUCUUUGGGGCCACAGGUUCGAGCCGAUGGUUUCCUACUCGAAAGAGAGACAAGGCUACGAGGUCGAUUAUUCGCUGUUCAACAGCACCACGCAGGUCGACACGCCUCUGUGCUCGGGCAGAGAGCUCGCUGACUUUUACAAGGUGCAGGAGGAGCUUCGUCACGGGAACGGUGCGAUAGUCGACGAGGAUUUCCUAGGGGAAUCCUGUCACGACACCCCGUGCCAUUGCGGUCAUCGUUCGACGAGCGUGUCUUAUCGUCAGCACAACCAUCCCACGAUGUACGCGGAUUGCGCGAGAAGCGAAACCAGCACCGAGGACGCGACACCGUAUCGAAACGCUUACAGAGACUCUGCUUAUCACGGAGCUAUGAUUCCUGCUCGAGAUCACGGCCACUACAAGAUCCUGGACUUGGAUCCUGACGGCAUACAAGUAAUGGCCGAAUGUGAUCUCCAGCAUCUUCCGGAAGCGGUGAACAGGGAGAUCUUGAAGAACAGUCGCGAGAUCAUCUUCGAGGAACCGGAAACGUCGCGAGAGGGGAGUCCAUUGUUAAAGUCCAAUUGUCGACGUCUAGUAACGAAACAUCCUCUACUGGACGAGGAGAGAAGAUCCUUGAACAACUCCAGAAGAAGCCUCUAUUACAGAAACGUCCCGCGAGCCACGGAAGAGGACAAGAGAUCUCUCGACGGAUCCAGGAGGAACUUGAGCGGUUCCAGAAGGUAUCUGUUGAUUUCUUUGGACAGCAAGAAUCCCGAUGCAAACAUCAAGGAUAACGUACCCGUAAGUAGAAGACACACGGGCAGUAGGGAGCGUUUGAAUUCGAUGAGGAAGAAUAUUUGCGCGAAGGGAUCGAAAGAGACACCGGAACUAGUUAGCGGAGGAAGAUCGAACUCGAACGACGACAGACUGACCAUCGAAACGGAAAAACCGGCGAAAUCGCAGCGACUGCAGGAAAUAUCGUUGUCCGAAAGUAACAGGACAUCCCUGUCGGACCCUGACUUAUCACCGAACGGGUACGCGUCGUCGAGAUGCCGAUCGCACGUAUCCCCGGAAUCUGGCUUUUACGAAGGAGCUCAAUGGAGUUCGAGUCCGGAGUACGUCAGAAAGGAUCUCCGACUUCCCAACGAGGCCGUUCUCGCGAGAAACCGAAGAAGCUACGAGAACGCUCAACUUCAAGACGUGAACGAGGCUCUGUCGAGGCCGAACAGCGACAACAGCUCUGUAGACAGCGACGAGUGCGUCAAGAAUUUCUCGAACGACACCGUUCCUCGGAAAUACGUCGACAAGAACGUUCUUUCGAAACAACCGAUCUCUUACACCAGCGUAUGACGAAGAAAAUGCGCUGUCGAGCUCCGAUUCAACUUCCGCAUCACCGUCGGUCUAAUCUCCCCUCUACCACUCUUACCUAAUAUUUCCAAUUUACGAAAUCCGAAACGCGAUAAAAUCUGACCCGUCGUAGACAACCGGUGCACACGAUUCCGAAUCCGAACCUCGAUCGUUGCAAAAAUUUCCCGAUUCCACUUUUCAUUCUCACGAGCGCGAUAUACAACGUAGAACAUUCUUUUCCCGAUACUUUCCCUUCGAGUCGAAAAUCUUUGAUAGCCUGUUGAUAAUUGCCGACAAAAAUGAUUCUGAUCGGUUACAUCGGAGAUAGAUUAAUUCCACGAACUUGUUCAUAUAAUCUUGUAUAGGAUCAUUCCAUAAGUAAAUGUUUUCUGACACGGUGAAAAAGGAUACUCGUAGUACGACACAUCGAAACAUCUAUAUAUCAAAUUAUUAAUUAUGGAAUGAUCUGAUAAAUUUCGCGUCAAGAUACGUAGCAAUUUGAUCGAUCAUUAUCGAUAUACGUACAUAUAUACGUACGUGAAUUUCUACUCUAUCGAUUAGGACGAAAGACGAGUAUUUUCUGAUUCGUUGUUUUUGCAUUGACUGUAAAUCGUUUUAUACCGCAGGUCGGUUUCGAAAACUCUAACUCGUAUUAAUUAAGAACUAUUAAUCUCGUAGAAAUCGUUAGUUUAUACCGAAAACAUUUUCGAUGUACGUGUGUCCGAGGGCGAAGCACGCGAAACACCUUAGUCCAGUGUAAAAAUUGUUCGCCUUUAAAGCGUCUUGACGACGACGACGACGACGACGAUGAAAACCAAAAGUUGGAGCAUUUAAAGCCAGCAUAUUUUGUUACGAAUUUUUAGGCCGUUGAACAUCGAAUAGAUACCGCGAGAAUGUCGCCGCGCGAACACCACGCGCAAACCUGUAUUUUUGCAAUUUAGAACGUACAAACGUUAGAAAAGUAAGUUAAACGCGUUGACCAAAGUCGCCGAUACGUUGAAUCUUUUCGUGCUUACUUCGGUUUCAGAAACUCGCACGAUCGUACACAGGGCACGCGUGUUCGAACAAACUUUCUACGCUUUUACGCUUCUUUACCAACCGUUUUCGUGCCACGCCAGAUCGAAUAAAUCGAACGAUCCCAUAACAGUAUCGACGUUAGAAGGCGAACAAACUUUUCGUUGUAAGCGUUUGCGCGACGUAUUUAUUUAACGAGAAAAUUGUACGACAUUCGAAAUUCCAGAUUGGUCGAAAUUUUUGAAUAAUCGAAGCGAACCCAAGGAAAAGCGAAAACGUGGCAACAGUUGACGAGCGUAUUAAUUACCGUUUCGAAGGUCGUACAUUUUCCUCGUAAGAUCGAGUAGCAAUUUUGCUACGAGAAAGUGCCUUGUUCGAAUCCUCGCCGGAAAGAAGGUAACCGUCUGUUCGCUGUCCGAUUAUUCUCCUUGAUAUUUAUUGCUUCCACGAUACUUUAAGUAAUUAGCCAGUCUUUUUUGUACAUAUAUAAAAUGUAAUUACGCAAAGACACCUUCGAUCGAGCAGGUUGAAAUCUAUUUUACCGUCUCGGUCCGAUCGAUUAAAGGAAACUAAGCUUAUUCCGAUAUUAUUUAGGCGGAGAGCGCCGAGAAAGCUCGAUUAGGACGGUAGUAGCUUCGAGUGUUCCGAGAGGACAUGGAAAACCUGCCAUCGUGUCACUUCUAGCAUAAAUUCUGAAAAUGUUAUUUGUAAUAAAGACCAUUCGAAAUCUA